AUGACUCUGAGCAAGAACAUUUGCAUGUUACGAGAUGUCGCCAAAAAAUGCUCGCAGAUCAAUCGAUCACAGUUGACUCAGAACAGGCCCAAUCUAAAAACCCACGCAUCAGUGUUUAAAGGUUCAGUUCAGUCCGGUUUUUUGCCCCAAAAACGCGCAACCGUGGACCGCAACCAGUCCAGAACCGACCCAGAUAUUGAGGGAACCGAACCGAACCACCUAGGACCGGUCUUUUGCGGUCCAUGA